AUGAACGAAUUUGAGAAGAAAACUGAACGAGCACUAAAAUACAUUGCAUCUGAGAAAGAAAGUUUGGAGGGAACGCCGAGUACGAUGAUAACUGUGGAAAGGAAUCGAUUGCUGGACGAUGGUUAUCGACAACUUUCAAUGUUAACGCCUGCUGCACUCAAAGCGACCAUUCGUGUGAAAUUUAUCAAUCAGCAGGGUUUGGAUGAAGCGGGCAUUGAUCAGGAUGGUGUCUUCAAAGAGUUCUUGGAGCUCACCCUGAAACAAAUCUUCAAUCCCGAUCUUAAUCUCUUCAAGUGUUCCGCAAAUCGACAACUAUUUCCAUCGCCAACAUCUGAUCUACAUGAAAAUCAUUUGGCACUAUUUCAGUUUGUUGGCCGUAUGUUGGCUAAAGCUGUUUAUGAGGGAAUUGUGGCCGAGGUGCACUUGGCACCUGUGCUAUUGGCAACUGCACUGGGCCGCAAAUUGUGCGCCUUCGAUGAGCUUUCGCAACUAGAUCCCGAACUUUACAAAAGCCUCGCUUACGUGAAGCAUUAUUCGGAUUCGGAAGAUGUUGCUGAUUUGUCACUGACGUUCUCCGUUGAUGAAGAUGUACUCGGACGUGUGCACACUGUUGAUUUGGUUCCUGGCGGACGUGCGAUACAAGUUACAAAUGAAAAUAAAAUUGCCUACGUUCACAAAAUGGCGCAGUACCGUGUGUUCAAUCAAACAAAGGAACAGUGUCGUGCUUUUGUGGUUGGAUUUCUCUCCGUUCUGAAUGGCAAUUGGAUUUCGUUAUUUGCUCCCCAUGAACUUCAAUAUCUAAUUUCUGGACAGUCUACUGAUAUUGAUUUACAUGAUCUUCGUAAGCACGUGCAAUAUUAUGGGGGCUUUCAUAACAAUCAUCGAUUUGUGACGAGUUGUUCUUGCGCACCACUUCUUGGAUUUGCUUAUCUCGAGCCUCCUUUUUCGAUCCGAUGCGUCGAAGUGUCCGAUGAUCAGGAUCAGGGUGAUACAUUGGCCAGUGUUGUUCGUGGUUUUCUUGCAAUCAAAAGGCGCCAGUCCCCUUCACGUCUGCCAACAGCAUCCACAUGCUUCAAUUUGUUAAAAUUGCCCAAUUAUAGCAAGAAGUCGAUUCUACUUCAAAAACUACGAUAUGCAGUACACUCGGAAACUGGUUUUGAACUAAGCUAAAC